UGGGACGCGGCCCCUCGGCGCUUGCAACGCUCGCCCGGCGGCCGGGGCAGGAUGUUCACGUCCAAGUCCAACUCGGUGUCACCGUCGCCGUCGCUGGAGCAGGCGGACUCGGACGCGCUGGACAUCAGCACCAAAGUGCAGCUGUACGGGGUGCUGUGGAAGCGGCCCUUCGGGAGGCCGUCGGCCAAGUGGUCCCGGCGGUUUUUCAUCAUCAAAGAAAGUUUUCUUCUUUACUACUCUGAGAGUGAGAAAAAGAGCUUUGAAACCAAUAAAUACUUCAACAUACAUCCUAAGGGUGUCAUUCCUCUGGGGGGCUGCCUGGUGGAGGCCAAGGAAGAGCCCAGCAUGCCCUACGCCAUGAAGAUCUCCCAUCAGGACUUCCACGGAAACAUCUUAUUGGCUGCUGAGUCCGAGUUUGAGCAGACCCAGUGGCUGGAGAUGCUGCAGGAGUCUGGGAAGGUGACUUGGAAGAAUGCCCAGCUGGGAGAAGCCAUGAUCAAAAGCCUGGAGGCCCAGGGGCUGCAGCUGGCCAAGGAGAAGCAGGAGUAUUUAGACAAGCUGAUGGAGGAGACAGAAGAACUCUGCCUGCAGAGGGAGCAGAGGGAGGAGCUUGAGCGCCUGAACCAGGUGCUGGAGGCCGAGAAGCAGCAGUUUGAAGAGGUGGUGCAGGAGCUGAGGAUGGAGCAAGAGCAGAUCAAGAGGGAACUUGAACUGACUGCAAGAUGCCUCAAAGGUGUGGAACAAGAGAAAAAAGAGCUGAAGCACUUCACAGAAUCUUUGCAGCAGACGCUGGAGGAGCUCUCGAUUGAGAAGAAAAAAACCCUGGAGAUGCUGGAGGAGAAUGAGAACCAGCUGCAGACACCGGCUGACCAGCAGGAGCAGCCCUCGCCCACUGGGGGUCUCCACAGUAACCUCAGGCGGAUUGAGGAGAAGAUGCAGCAGCUCCUGGAGGAGAAGCUCCUGGCAGAGAAACGGAUGAAGGAGAACGAGGAGCGCUCGAGGGCCCUGGAGGAGGAACGGGAGUUCUACUCCAGCCAGUCCCAGGCGCUGCAGAACUCACUGCAGGAGCUGACUGCGGAGAAGCAGCAGGCAGAGCGGGAGCUCAAGGCCGAGGUGAAGGUCCGCAUGGACCUGGAGCGGCGUCUACGGGAGGCUGAGGGGGCGUUGCGCAGCCUGGAGCAAGGGCUCAACUCCAGGGUGCGGAACAAGGAGAAGGAGGAGAGGAUGCGGGCCGACGUGAGCCACCUGAAACGGUUCUUCGAGGAGUGCAUCCGGAACGCGGAGCUGGAGGCCAAGAUGCCGGUCAUCAUGAAGAACUCCGUGUACAUCCACAAGGCCGCCACACGUCGCAUCAAGAGCUGCCGUUUCCACCGCCGCCGCUCCAGCACCUCCUGGAACGACAUGAAGCCCUCCCAGUCCUUCAUGACCUCCCAAUUGGACGCCAACAACAUGGAGGAGCUGAAGGAAGUGGCCAAGAGGCUCAGCCGAGACCAGCGCUUCCGGGAAUCCAUCUACCACAUCAUGGCCACCCAGCCUGGACCCUCUUCGGCGCUUCCCCGGGGCGGGAAGUGAUGGGUACCCCCCCCCCCACACACACACACACACUGCCUCCUCUGGACUCUUUCCCUUGUGGGGAGGGGAAGGGCAGGACCAUUGCAGGGGGGAGGCCUGACGCUUUGGCCCAGCUUCACUCUCUUCUGGGGGGGCAGGCCUCACCCUCAAAAGACAGAUACCACUUUCAUCACCUCACACACCCAGCCCCAGCCCUUCCGCCUGGUCUGCCCCAGGUCCAUGCAGGCCCCAGUUAGGUGCUGCCUGUCUGUCACCAUGAGAUGGAAGGGACCAGGUUGUAUGUGGAGCUUAUUUUUGGUUGGG